AUGACUACCGAAGGUGCUAGCCUGUACCCUUCCCUCGAAAACCGCCCUGUAAAGAGCACUAUCUGCCUGUUCGACGUUGAUGGCACUCUUACACCUGCUCGACAGGGUGUAUCCCCCGAGAUGCUACAACUUCUCUCCCAGCUCCGACACAAGUGCGCCAUUGGCUUCGUUGGGGGCUCCGAUCUCGUCAAACAACAAGAGCAACUGGCCACCCCUGCUACAAAUGUCACAUCCCUGUUUGAUUUCUGCUUUGCUGAGAACGGUCUGACUGCUUUCAGACUCGGCAAGCCAAUGGCUAGCAACAGCUUCAUUCAGUGGCUUGGUGAAGAGAAGUACCAGAAGCUCGUCAACUUCGUCCUUGGAUAUAUGUCCAAUUUGACCCUUCCAAAGAAGCGAGGUACUUUCAUGGAAUUCAGAAACGGCAUGGUCAACAUCAGUCCUAUUGGACGAAAUGCCAGUGUAGAAGAGAGAAAUGAGUUUGAGAAGUAUGACAAGCAGCACAACAUCCGCAAGACCCUGGUCGAGGCUUUGAAGAAGGAAUUCCCUGACUAUGGACUCACCUACUCCAUUGGAGGACAAAUCUCCUUCGACGUCUUCCCCACUGGCUGGGACAAGACCUACUGCCUUCAGCACAUUGAAGCUGAGAAGUCCAUCUCUGGAGUUGAAUAUACCACCAUUCACUUCUUUGGUGACAAGUGCUUUGAAGGUGGAAACGACUAUGAAAUCUUUAGCGAUAAGCGAACUAUUGGCCACUCCGUUUCUGGACCACAAGAUACCAUAAAACUGCUCAAAGAGCUGUUUGGCUUGUAG